AUGCUUUCAGAAAUAUCUAACCACGAGAACGUUCCCCCAUCUAUGGAUUUAAGUCUUUUUCGCUCUUCUUCGUUCCCAAAUUCUUUCACUGUCUUCUUUCUCUCCACCGAUUUCUCUGCACUUUCAACCCCAAAGACUCUUUUUUUCUCUUUCCAUAUUCUAUGCCAUUAUCUUUUAUCUCUCCAAUUUUCUCCCUACCGUCUUCUUUCUCUACGUUUUUUUGUCUUUCCAUCUUCUUCCUCACUAUCUGCUUUCUCUCCACCUUAUCUCUCCUCACCUUAUUUAUCUUCAUCUUCUUUUUAUACUCCAAUUUCUUUCUCACCGUCUUUGUCUUUCCACCGCCAUUCUUUCUCUCCGUGUUCUUUUCUCUCCACCUUCUUUCUCGCCGUUGUUCUUUACCUCCAAUUUCAUUCUCUCCAUCUUUUUCCUCUGCGCCAUCAUUAUUACGGCUUUUUACUCUCCGAGUCUUUUUCUCUCUACCAUCAUGCUCUACACUUUCUUUCUCGCCGCCUAGAUAGUUUUCGUUUCCUUUCUUUCUUAAUCGGAUAUCUCCUUUCUUUCUUUCUUUCUUCCUUUCUUUCUUUCUUUCUUUCUUCCUUCCUUCCUUUCUUUCUUCCUUUCUUUCUUUCUUUCUUCCUUCCUUUCUUUCUUUCUUUCUUCCUUCCUUUCUUUCUUUCUUUCUUUCUUUCUUCCUUCCUUCCUUUCUUUCUUUCUUUCUUAUUCUUCUUUACGCCUUCCCUUUCUUAUUUGAUUCUUAUUCUCUCCUCCUUUUUUCUUUAUCCUUUUUCUUUUUCUUUUUCCUUUUUCUUUCCUUAA